AUGGAGCAAGAGCUCGUGUGGAUCUCGGCGAACGCCUGUAGAAUAUUGGUCGAGUUACCCAACGAUGCGGACAGCCUAUCGCAGGUGCUGAUUGAAGAGGAGGAGACCAGAGAUCUACUGGAGCAUCACGGUCAUUUGUUGAGAAAGGGGCUGAACUUCGCCCACACGCCAUCGGCCCAUGAGUUACUCAGCCGAAGCCUGCCCGCCCCGGCCCUCACCUCAGACCUCCGCUUCUUGCGCGAGUUCAUCUCCGGCUCGCCGGCUACUGUCGCCGGGCUUUUGGCCAGGUGGCUCCCCCUCGGUCCCGUCGUCGACUUGGCGACCUGCCAGUUGGUGAUGAGCGACGAGCAGCUGACGGCCUGGUGCCUCCAAUUCCACAAAGCCCUCGACCGAGAAUUGAUCCGACUUGUCGAAGCUGUUCGCUCCCCGAAAGAAGAAUGUCAGCGCCAAGAGAGCGUCGAGAUGCAAAAAUCGAUGGAGCGCGCCGGAGAGCAGAGCGUGUUGAUCGAGACCCAGGAGAUGUAUGUUCUCGAGGACGGCGACCGGGUCGAGCUGUUCAGCCGGCCGUCCCUUGACGCGGUAGUCGAUGGGGAAAUGGUUGAAGGGCGUCGGGAGCUGCUCACCGACGGCUGGGUGCACAAUGCUCAAGGCGUCUGGAUCCGGCUUGCCCACACGAAGCGCUUCAUCUUGGCUGAGGACCAGGUCGGGCGGUCCUCGGUGCAUUCCCAGGCCCAGAGCUCGAACGGGAAUGAUGAUGAGGAGCCCGGGCCGUCGAAGCCGACGCCAGUCAGGGCCCCGGCGACGUCGGUGAAGGCGAUGCGACCUUCGAUUGUGGAUUGCUGCCGAACAGUUUUUGCCGCUUUCCUGUGGCACGAGCAUCUCGUGAAGGACGCGAUGGCUGCAGCUGCGUAUCUCAAAUUUCACAGCCAUUUACAUAACCUCUGGCCUUGCUCGCAAACCGCCCCAAUCUCGCUGGCGCCCAGCCCGCUACAGCCGUUGGUCAAGGUCUGGAAGGAGGUCAGCGCCGCGAUCCAAAGCACUAUCCAGCAAAAUAUUCUGCUGCCCUCCCCGCCGUCGGUCCGGCGCCCAAGGCCCGGCCAAAACCCUGAUAUGGCCACUUUGGAAACCGGCGAAGCGAUGUGCGAGCUUUGCGAGGGGAGAUGCCGAGGGCCCGUUACUGUUCACAUGCGGAUGGGACACCCGGGCUGCGGAGGGGAAUGCCAGGGCCAUGGAUAUAAUUCGCAUGGAAAGUACACCACCGGGUGGGCCGGCAUGUGCGGCGAGGGCGGGCGAGCGCCUUCAACAUGGUACCUGCUGUGCCCUCCUUGCCGAGCCGCCUAUUUACGUCAGACACCUUCUGGUCAUCAACAGGAACGGAACAGAAGAUGGCGCGAAUUCCGACUCUCCAGUGGCCAACUUGACAGUCGACCCGAGUCUGUCAUUCGCCAGAACGCGCUCUUCCUCCUCGACCUGAACGCUACGGUCGAAGGAGCCGAGGGGAGCAAGAACAGCUCUGCAACCACUUCCGGCUGGACUACCGUAUUCCCCGGCCAGCUCCUCUCGCCUACCGUAUACCGAUCGGCAAACCUCGGGGGUCCCGGCACGACGCAUACGCUUACCACAACUUCGCAUCAAAUUCGAAAAGAUUCGGACGCCCUCCCGAUCUCGUCGGCAGCCGCCCAUUCCAGCGACCCUGGCCCAAAGGCGUGCUCUUCCAGCCGCAUUGACGUGUCGUUCGAGGACAAGCUGCAACAGGGUGGAGAUGAGGUGUCAUUAGCGCGCCGCCCGGUGAUGGCGUUCGUCAUCGAGCACCACGACUUGAAGAGGGUGCGGGAGGCGUCCUUCUCGGCGGUGAAGCGGGCGGUGGGGUUCGCGCAUGCGUUCCGGGUGUGGAACUGGUUGCUGCGGCUCGUCUCGUCGGAAACAAGCGUUUCCGACGUGGUGCUGCAGUAUCUCUGCUCGUUAUCCUCGUACUCGGCGCUGGUCGAGCCGUCGACGCGCGCCCCGGUGAAAUUGUUGCCUCACCCUUGGCGGCUGUGCUUUUUGGCAGGCCCGAUCGCCGUAAAAAUGGUGCAGCAACUCCAUGCCUUCCUCUACACGAUCGCCGUCAUUUUGCAGUCGUCCGGAGUGGACCCCGGGUUACGG